GUCACUUACAGGACCAAACAGGAGCAGGAUUAUCUCAGCACUUUGAUAUUUUACUACAGAUGGAGGAACUCGAAGAUGUUCAAUACUGUUUUCAAGACAGAAAUUCUUCUUGCAGAAAGGCUUUGCCAUUGACUUCAAUUCACUCAGCAAUCUACUUAUUCAUCUCAGUGAUUUCAGCAGUUACAGUAUUUUUGAACGUACUGGUGAUCAUCUCCAUCUCUCACUUCAAGCAGCUCCACACUCCAACCAACCUGCUCAUCCUCUCUCUGGCUGUGUCAGAUCUCCUGGUGGGAUUGUUUGCGUUACCAGUAACGACGGUAGCAAUAAUGGAAUCAUGCUGGGGAUUUGGGGAACAUUUCUGUGUGUUUCAAUUCUACAUCACUUGUUUAUGUACUUCUUUAUCUCUGGGCAAUUUGGUCUUGAUAUCUAUAGACCGCUAUGUUGCUGUGUGUGAUCCCUUAUUGUACCACUCUAAAAUAACAAUAACAAGAACAAUGUGUUCUAUAUCCAUUAACUGGUGUUGUUGUAUCAUACACGAUGCUGCUAUUAUAAAAAACUUUGUAAAUGUACAGGUACCAAGUAGGUGUUUGAAAGAAUGUUUUAUUCUUGAAGGGUUCAAUUGGGUUAAUAUCAUUAGCCUUGCACUUAAAAUGGUUGUCCCUUGCGCUAUUAUUAUAACACUUUAUUUAAAAAUCUUUGUGGUGGCCAGAUCACAGGCCAGAAAGGUAUUUUCAAAAGAGGCUGGUGUUCAAACUGUACAGGAAAAUAAGUCUGAGAGAAAAGCAACAAAAACUCUUUCUAUUGUUGUUUUCAACUAUCUCAUAUGUUGGACUCCAUCUCCUGUUUCUUUCUUUCUUUCUUUUUUUGGUGAAAAUGUAUCAUCAUCCAUCAUCUGCUUUCUGCCACUUGUUAAUUCCUUAAUUAAUCCAAUAAUUUAUGCUUUCUUUUAUCCAUGGUUCAAAUUGACAGCUAAACUUAUUAUAACUUUGAAGUUUAUGCGUUCAUAGUUCUUAUGUUUUUAUUCCCCAAUUUGAUUUGACAAACAGGUUUGAUAUGGUUUUGUUAUAAAAUUGUUGUAAUUGCUUCUUUCAUGUAACAAUAUUCUUUCAUUACUUAUCUCUGUGUUGUCAUCAUAGAUACAUGUGGUGUUGAUACAGAAUGAUUUGGGUGGAUUGGAAUGACUUGGAGAAGGCAUAAGAAGGUAUAAGCUUGUUUUAUAAAAGACAUUGUAGUCAUUUUGGGUUGUAUAUUCCAAAUACCAACGCCUGUGGUAGUGCCAUGUUAUUUAAUGGUAAAUAGUUUGUGCGUUUUCUGAAAGCACAUUUUGAGGAUGUCAUAAGUAAUUAUAAGCUGAGUGUACAAAACAUUAGGGACAACAACCUAAUAUUGAAUUGCACCCUCUUUUGCCCUCAAUACAACCUGAAUACAACCUGAAUUUGUCAGGAAAUGGAAUCUACAAGAUGUCGAAAGUGUUCCACAGGGAUGCCGGCCCAUAUUGACUCCAAUCCUUUGUGCUGUGGGUGACUGACCAAUCUUAAUACACAGGAAAUUGUUGGGUGUGAAAAACACCGUUGCCCUUCUUGACACAAUCAACACCAAUUCCCCUGGCACCUAGUACCAUACCCCUUUCAAAGGCACUUAAAUAUGUUGUCUUGCCCAUUCACCCUGUGAAUAGCACACAUACACAAUCCAUGUCUUAAUUGUUUUAAGGCUUAAAAAUCCUUCUUUUACCUGUCUCCUCACCUUCGUCUACAAUGAUUGAAUUGGAUUUAACAGGUGACAUCAAUAAGGGAUUGUACCUUUCACCUGGAUUCACCUGAUCAGUCUAUGUCAUGUUCUGUACACUCAGUCUUAUAUGUUGUUAAACAUUACCCUCUAGUGGCUCAUUUGGGACACAAUGCCUUAAACAAGUACAUUAAAGUUGAAAUGUGCAAUUCUUUAUGAUAUCAGAUAACAACCAAGUCUAACUCAAUGGUGUAUUGGGUAAGUAGUUGUAAAAUGUAAUAAUAUGAAAUUGUGGGUAACACUUUAUAAUAAUGUUCAGCUUUAAACCAUUUGUAAUCAUUUACAGUUUGUUCACCAUUUAUUCAUCAUUACUCCCACAUUUGUUAAAUAUUAGUCAGCUAGGUAUUCUCACUUUUAUAAAUAACUACUAUAUGGAAUAAUGAUUAAACACAACAGGGCAGAAGACUGAAGUAGACACUUCAACCUCAACACACUGGUUAUGAACACUACCACUGCUCUCACUCCAUUAAUGCUUCCAGGUCAGGGGUCACACCAGAGCAGCUCUUUCAGAUGCUGUUUACUCUGAAUGUAUAUAGAGAUUGCUGACACUUUAUAAUAACACCUUUUAUUACAGCAUGUAGAAUGGUUGAGUAAAUAGUUAUGUAUCAUUACCCCCACAUUGUUUUAGUAAGGUAGUUAUUUUCACAUUUAUAAACAACUUUUUAAGUAUGUAAUAAUGAUUCAUAAGUUCAUAAGAUGUUCAAUAAAUGUAAUUAUAAACCGUU